UAAAAGAAAAUGGUGAGAAGGAUAGUAUUCUAAUAAUCACCAAACCAAGUCUAAUAAUUCCAACACAGAAACAGCAAAAAGCAUAUGAGAUGAGAUGAGAUGAGAAUAUGAUAAAGCAAGCACACUCAUUGAUUCAAAUUCACAACGAAACCCAAUUCAUCGGAUUCAGAAGCAUUAGCAGAGUCAGAUUCUGUUCGUUCGUCCAUCAUUCCUCCGCCCUCCAAAUCACUCCGCUGGGGAAUCUCACUUCCACACGUUCCCGCAACCACCAUCGCCGGCCCCCCAUGGCCGCCUCCGCCGGGGGUAACCCAUCAUCCACAUCUUCAUCCUCCUCCAACCCUUUCAUUUUCUCCCCCGAUUCUCCCCCUAGACUCGCUCUCACACCCCAUCAGCUUAAGCUUUGUUCCGAAGCAUUCGAGGCCUUCAGGGAGAAGCUUCAGAUGCCCGAUGUCAUCAACCAGGAGUUCGCCCGAUUGCAGGCCAAGAGAUUAACUGUAUCUGAUAUGAGGAGAAGUUGCUCUGUGGCUCUUGACAAUGUUAACAUAAGUAAAAAUCGCUACACGGAUGUAUUACCCUUUGAUGAGACUAGAGUUGUACUUGACUCGUGUAAGGAUUACAGACAUUCUGCAAGGGGUUAUAUCAAUGCAAGCUUUAUUUCGACUUCCUCUUCAAAAAGCCUUUCUAAAUUUAUUGCCACACAAGGUCCAUUACCACACACUUAUGAGGAUUUCUGGGAGAUGGUAUUUCAGUAUAAAUGCCCUGCAAUCUUGAUGCUUACUCGUCUUGUUGAUAAUUACAAGAUGGUAAAGUGUGGAGAUUAUUUUCAGGCAGAAGAUGGUCCGAGAGAUUUUGGUAAUUUAAUUGUCAUCUCUAAAUGGAUAAAAUCUUCCAACUCCUCUCUUAUACUGCGCCAUUUGGAGGUGAACCAUAAAGAGUCAGAAGAAUCUGUGGCUGUUCUACAUAUUCAGUACCCAGAAUGGCCUGACCAUGGAGUUCCUAAUGACACACUUGCUGUUCGUGAAAUGUUGAAGAGGCUAUAUCAUUUACCUCCCGAUCUUGGCCCAAUAGUGGUGCACUGCAGUGCAGGUAUUGGAAGAACCGGAACAUAUUGUGCAAUUCAUAACACAAUUCAGAGAAUCCUCACCGGAGACAUGUCUGCUUUAGAUCUUGUCAGUACCAUUUCUACAUUUAGGUCCCAGCGAAUUGGAAUGGUUCAAACACUGGAUCAAUACUUUUUCUGUUAUAGAACUAUUGUUGAUGAAUUAGAAGACCUUAUAUCUGUUCCACAGUAGAGGCUCGAAGCGUUCUGCAGGAUAUCGUUUCCAACCCAGUUGCGACUGUUUGUUAAUCUUUUAACUGACAGACUAACGGCCAACUAUAUGUGGGGUUGAGAUCUCGCUGUAUUAGAUGUAUUAAAGAGCUUGCAGGGUUUUACCUCAGUGUUGAUGAAAUCAGCAGCUGUGCUUCCAGGAAGUUCAUUUUCUUGAGCAGCCGAUUAUGAACACUCUUGAUACUGGUCACAGUGAAUGUGCUAACCAACUAAUAUUUCUCUUCUAGGGUUCACCAUUGAUCAUUUCAAUAAUUGCUUAAAUUAAACAGAAUUUAACCAUUUUGAAUUCAGGCAUUGAAUUCUUGAACUUAAAAUAUUUUGUGGCAAACAUUUGCCACCCAACUCAGUGUUGUUGGGUUUAUUGGACAUCCCUUGCUGAAUAUCAUCGCAAGUUUAUCAUCUCCUUCAGUUUGACAA